AUGACUCCAGGUCCUCGUUACCGUCGCAGCUUCAAGGCCCCGGAAAGCUUCCAUCGGCUUCGUAACUGGCUCCACGAAUGCAGAACACAGCACGUCGAUCAGAGAUGCCGAGAAGACCUCGAUGAAACUCAUGCAGGUCCUGGGCGACUACUGUAUGUUGGAUCUAAUCUCGACAGUUCCCACUUGAGGCUUCACACCACGUCGGAUACAGUUUAUCCAUAUAUUGCCCUCAUGCAUUGCUGGGGCACCCAGACCUUAAUGAAGACGACGAGAUCCAACUUGAACGCUUUACACAACGACAUCGACCUCGAAACACUGCCCCAGACCUUCAAAGACGCCGUCAUGUGCGCCCGCGGCAUUGGCGUCGAACAUGUCUGGAUCGAUGUGUUGUGUAUCGUACAGGAUGAUGUCUCGGAUUGGGAGAGAGAGUCUGCCAAGAUGGGAAACAUCUACAGGAAAGCCGCCGUGGUUGUGGUUGCAGAUUCUUCG